AUAAAUUGAAUAUCUGAUCGGACGGUAGUAAAGCCAUUUACUCUUUCUUUUUAUAUUUUCGUCGUCACUAAUCCAUCUCAAAAAUACCAUAAGAGAAAGCAACUUCGUCUUUUUUUCUCUCUCUUUCUGCGCUUUUGAGAAAGAAUAAAAAUGGUUUCUGGAUUCCCCAACGACGGUGGUGGACCCGAAUUUUACGGCGGUGAUGGUAGAUCCAUCCCUGGAGGCUUCGGAACCGUCGUAAACACCGUGAACAAUAAUCCUCAGGCGACGUAUAGGAGUCAGAUUCCCGGAAUAUUCCUUGAUCAGACCGGAAACAGAUUCUCCGGUGGGAAUGGAAUCGGCGGGAAACGUACUCUAGCUGAUUUUCAAGCGGCUCAGCAGCAACAAGCAGCUAUCAACGCGUUUCUUCUGAGGUCAGUGAAGCCUAGAACUUUCCAGAAUCUCCAAUCGCCGACGAUCGGUCUCACGUCCGUUAACGAUAUGAGUUUGUUCGGUGGUUCGUCUCAGACGCAGCAUCAAUCGGAUUUGGUUGGGAUCCGAAUGGGAUACGGUUCGAGUAUUGAACCGGUUCAGAACCUAAACCGGGUUGAGGAAUCAAAGAACAUGUUGAGUAGUUUAAGAGAGCUCGAGAAACAGCUUUUAGAAGAUGACGACGAGAGUGACGCACGAGGCGGUGAUGAUGACGUGUCUACCAUCACACAUUCAAACAGCGACUGGCUACACAGCCUCGUGACUCCGGUUUUGUCCUCUUCGCCUAGCUCUGCUUCCUCGUCUUCCACGGUAUGUUCGAGGCAAACAGUGAUGGAAAUCGCGACUGCGAUCUCGGAGGGGAAGACGGAGAUAGUGGCGGAGCUUCUGGCGUGUGUUUCUCCGACGCCGAAUCAGAAGACGAACUCCGAGGAGAAGCUGGUGAAUUUCAUGGUGACGGCGCUUCGGCUGCGGAUUAAUCCGGCGGAGAGUCGUGCUCCUCCUUCUCCGGCGACGGAGUUGUGUGGGAAGGAGCAUCUGAUCUCCACUCAACUGCUCUACGAGCUGUCUCCUUGUUUCAAACUAGGUUUCAUGGCGGCUAAUCUCGCUAUUCUCGACGCCGCCGGUAACAACCACGACGGAGGGGUGUUGAUGCACGUCGUCGAUUUUGAAAUCGGUGAAGGUGGACAGUACGUUAACCUCCUCCACGCGCUCUCCACGCGCCGGAGCGGUGAUAAUAAACAUCUAGUGGUUAAGAUCACCGCCGUGACGAACCACGGUGGAGAGGAGAGGCUGAAAGCCGUGGGGGAUCGUUUGAGCCAACUCGGUGAUCGACUCGGUGUCUCCUUAAGGUUUAACGUAGUGGCGAGUUUAAGACUCGGCGACAUAAGCCGCGAAUCGCUUGGAUGCGGUCCCGACGAGCCUUUAGCGGUGAACUUGGCUUUCAAGCUCUACCGUGUCCCUGACGAAAGCGUAUGCGUGGAGAAUCCGAGAGACGAGCUUCUCCGGCGCGUGAAAGGACUCGAGCCGCGCGUUGUGACUCUAGUGGAGCAAGAGAUGAAUUCCAACACCGCGCCGUUUUUGGGGCGGGUUAGCGAGGCGUGCGCGUGUUACGGUGCACUGCUCGACUUGGUCGAGUCGUCCGUGCCGAGUUCGAACUUGGACCGUGCCAAAGUGGAGGAAGGGAUUGGCAGGAAGCUGAUAAACGCGGUGGCGUGCGAAGGGAUCGAUAGGAUCGAGCGGUGCGAGGUGUUUGGGAAAUGGAGGAUGCGGAUGAGCAUGGCAGGGUUCGAGUUGAUGCCACUGAGUGAGAAGAUAGCUGAGUCGAUGAAGAGUCGACUCGGUAACGGAAACAGAGUGCACUCUGGUUUUACCGUUAAGGAGGAUAACGGAGGUGUGUGCUUUCGUUGGAUGGGACGGACACUCGCUGUCGCAUCCGCUUGGCGUUAACUUCACAAUCUUUUUCUAUUUUGAUUUUAUUUUUUUGCUUCUUAUGAUUACCAUAUUAUUACUGUUGUUAUUAAUUUUGGGGAUAUACUAAUAUUACUAUCUUUGUGAUUUUCCA